CCUCCAUCUCCCGCUCCAACCCCUCCUCCUCCUCCUCCGGCGACAUGAAGGCCGGCACGCCCAGCACGCCAUCGGACGGCGACGUGGCUGUGACUUCGCCGCGCGGACCGUCGGACGAAUACUGUGUUGCUCAAACGGCCCGGGCCGGGACCUGGGAUAUCGGGCCGGGCCGGGGCCCGUGCUUCUGGCCAGACGGGCCGGCCCGACGCCCACCCCUAAAAAAACCACGCGCCUAGAAAAACCACGCGCGGGAAAUAACUACCUUUACUUUCCCGCGCCAUUCCUCUCUCUCUCUCUCUUUGUUGCAGGUGGGCAUCCCAGUUGAUCGCUACCAAGAAGAAUGGAUAUUUCUAGCCCUGCAGCUUUUGUCAAUGCAGAACUAUUAAAGAUGUAUACAGGGCGUAGGGUGCGGACUGUAGUUAAGGUUUUGCAGAAUGAUGGUGGGAUUCUUACUGGGCAAUCACCAGAUGGCCAUCAAAUAUCUGUUAAGGGCCUCACUCCUUCCAAGUUGUCACAAUAUGUCGAAGUUAUUGGUGUUGCUGAUGGCAAUCAAUCGAUACGUGCUGAUAUAUGCACAAAUUUUGGUGAUACUUUUGCUCUGGAUAACUUCAAUAAGUUGUGUCAUCUAGCAAAUUCAGAGUACAAGAGUCUGUUCAUCUAGGAGUGGUCCUUUCAGAGGGUUGGAAGGCUUAAUUUUCAGCUUUAAAUCAAAUUUUGUUUUGGAAAGCAGUAUGUUGGAAAGCAGCAUGUAUAUGAAGGAAUCUGUAUACAUUUGGUUCUUUACGGAGAUCUUUUAGUUCUUGUGCAUGUGUUUUUAAAAACUGAUCAGACUGGAAAGUUGAAUAACUAUACCUACUGAAAGAAAGAAAGCACUAUAUCUUAUUUGCAUCUGAUGAUUAA